AUGCCUGCGUCCUUCACUCAGCGUCCACACCCCUCAUACCGCGCCUUGCCGCAUGCCCAAGAAGAUGCUAAUGCUGAAUACUAUCCUUUAGCGGACUAUCAGUCGUCGGCAAGCGGUACCAUUCGCUAUCUUGCAGAUGUCCCCCAUAUCCCGACACCGUCAUGGCCCGCGCAAGUUGACCAUACCGCCUUUGAUAAAACGAACGCAAGCCCCGACUCGAGUUGCUCUGGGGCGACACCGACUUGGCUCCCGUAUACACUACGUUGGCUUUGUCUGACAUCCAUCCUUGCCUUCACCGCUGUGUUGGAGAUCCUGGUGGUAAUCGCUCACGCGAUAUCAGCCCACCGAAAGGGUCUUGUCGCCGACGAUGGGUCAGGAAGCAUCGUCAUCUUUUCGAAAUUGGUCCCGACACUACUCGCUGUCUCUCAAGGCAUACUUCUGUCGAUACUGCUCAACGAUGUCCGGCGCACACAGCCAUUCGCCAAUCUCGCUUCACCAUCUGGUGCCUCGGCCGCACAGUCUCUUACUUGGAUAGCUGAUGCCUGGUGGGAGUGCCUCCUAUCGAGCCUGCCAAAGCGCCAUGUGAAGAAGACCGAUUGGGCCAUGUUAUGCGCCACUGUCGCUUUCAUGUUCAGCUUCCUGGUCAUGUCCCCUUUCUCCUCGACAUUGUUCGUUUCCCAGGACGUCCUUUUCGCCGAGGAAGUACCAUUUUCUCAACUUGACAUAUCUUCAGCUCUACCACUUCAAAGUAACCCAAUAGGUACUACGUACUUCCGCACCGUGAGCAGUCUUCUUCAGAAUGUCACAACCUCGGCAUGGAUCACCGACAGCUAUGCUGUGCUACCUUUUUGGCCAUCAACGAUGGGCAGCGCACCGUUGGGGCCAAUACUCUCUGAUUCGGUACAGACGUGGUCAGCAAAGACUACGGUAUUUGACGUCGAGGUUAACUGUGAGCAAAUGAACCUUGUCGAGUUUGUUUCUGUGGAUUGGUUUACACCUGAAUUGAACACCACAAUCCCAUCGCAUAGAGUUAGGCUUUUAUCUCCAUCAGGAUGUGCUCUUAACUUGACUCUCCUUGAUGGGGGAGACCUCGCUGGUAUUGGUGGGGCAGUAUGGUCUAACUUGCGGGAGAUCAAUAGUACUACUACCUUUGGUUCGGGCUUUGACAGCCCGUUGAAUAUCAGUGGGUGUAUGCAGGACGAAAUUAUCUUCCUUUCCACAUCUCUUUACCAGGCUACUUUCGCAAAUGCUACGGUGAUAGGCCAAGCUUGUACAACGAGUUAUUUCACGGGGAAUCCUAGCGUCACCGUCACACUUUCCAAAAGCGCUUCCUUGGUAGAAGUAGAUGAGCUCGAAUAUUUGUCUGUUCGCGAGCUUAUUCCUAAUAACGUUGCCGACCUGCCAUCAUUCCAGCGCGUUUUUCUGAAUAACACGAACUGGAACGUGCAUCUAAGAAAGCCUCUGGGAAGCCGGCGUGCUUUUGCUUCAGGUCCGGCGAUUAUGUUAUCAGCACUAUACGACUUCUCCCCGGAGAAAAUGGCGGCCGACUCGUCUUUUACACAAAAUGCCGGGCGUGUGAAACAGCGCUUUUUUGGCGAGUUACUGCGUGAUGUCUUUGACACUACAUCCAUAAGCGACGCAGUCAAGACGACCGGGACUAUCGCAGACACGAAACGACGAGUGGUAGCCGUAUCUGCUGUGGCUAUAAUAUUGGAAACAUCCCUAUUGCUGCAACUAAUCCUUUUGUCUACUGUUUUCGUUACCACACGGCUAUCCAGGCGACCACUGGGGCUCUUUGGGGACCCCGCGCCGCCUAUCCGCGUAGCAAAAUUAAUCUCGAAUGAAGCGAACACAUUACAGUCACUCGACAGCUUACAUAGUGCUUCUUCAAAAGAACUGGAAUGUUCGUUGUCGGAUAAAAGAUAUUUGUUGAGCCAAGGCCGAAUUCGUCUCGUUACUGGUGAAUAUCCUCAGGAUACCGCCAACAAGUCCACUUCACAAGAAAAAGGGUCACAUCAGCCUACAUUUCUGAAUUCUGCCCACACUGAAAAGCAAUCGCACACCUUCUCGAUGUGGAUGUUUGUCAUACUUAUCUUCUUACUUUCGGCUGUGUUAACCGCAGUAGCUUAUCUUUUCUGGUACUCCGAUGCUGUAGGGCUCUAUCAAACUGCCUUCGUAUAUGCCUUUGAUGUUUCUGUUGGCGGCCUUGAUCUGGGGGAUGUGAACCCAGCUUCGCUUAUCACAACUCUGGUCGCAGUCAGUAUUGGCCUCUGGUGGGGCUCGCUUGACACAGCACUUCGGAGAAUCCAACCAUACCUAGUUCUUGCGAAUAAGCCGAUCACCAGGUCUAGCUCAGAAGGAGUCUCGAUCUCAUAUAUUUCUUCAUAUCUACUGUGGGCAGCUUGGAGGGCGUUGAAGCGUAGCCACUGGGUGUUAGCUCUGGUAUGCACUGGCGCCUUUCUAUCGGAGAUACUUACCAUUGCGAUGUCAUCACUCUGGUCUAGAGAGGCUGGGACGCUACCGCUUCAAGUAGACGUACAGCGACAACUCGAGUUACGGCAAGUUCCACAACUAUCAGCCGGGACCCAGCAGUUCACAUCCCACGCAGGUAAUUAUAAGAAAACUAUUCUUGCAGAACUAUUUGAGAACAUGAGGACAUCGUGGAUAUACGGUGCCGCAGUACAGACAUCGCUUAACGGAUCGGAACCGCCAUGGAGUUCGGGAGGUUGGAGUUUCGUUCCGUAUGAUUUGUCUAUGGUACCCUCCACAAAGCUUCAGAACACGGGAAAUCAAACGGCGGCACCCAAAUAUCCAACAAAUGCUACUAUAGAGACUUCGGCGAUCCGUGCACGGCUUGAGUGCUCUCCAUACGAGCACCUGAAUCUGGAAGAGAGCAAGACCUGGCUCACUGAAUGGGAUUUAACUAACAGUACGCAAUGGGUUAGAGAUAAGGACGCAAAAGCCCUGUCUCGUGGCUUUGAACUCGGAUUGUCCGGGGAUGGGUACAACGGUACUGGCGUUGAAAACGUCUUGCUCUACUUAGACCAACAACCCAACGUCGAGGGGAACUACUCAACAUUCUUUGCUAACAACAAGAGAUUCCAAUGCUGCCAAAACAAGACCGACAAUGAGCAGAUAACCCCGGGCUCGGUGGGGUAUUGGUCACCCAAUUUGCGGAAUGGGUCGUCCUACCCCGACUUCGCCGGAGCAUGGCCGACAAACUUCACGAUCAAGUGGAUUCAUGGUCUACCUGUAGAGGGCUAUUGUGGCAUCCAAAGAGACGGGGGAUGCUUUCCUCGACUGAUGUGGGCUGAAAAACCUCGGAUGGCUGUUCUGAACUGCAUGCCUAUCAUUGAGACAGCAGAUGCUACAGUUACAGUCGAUGGGGCAGGUGGGAAUGUGGUCGAGUUUUCGCUUCAUGCGGAACCACAACCUGAUCUCUAUGCAUGGUCGGACGAUUUCAAACAGCACAAAUACAACAAUUCACUAUCUGGCUUUGAAAUUAAUAUCACAACGUCUCAUGGAGUCCUCUUUGUCACUGCGCUUCUUGGAGCAGCGGAUCUGGAUGAGAUUCAAGGAACCAACCUGAAUUACCUCUACACAGAAUCCGAAAGCAUCGAUGAUCAAACUUUUAACAUUCGCCAGCCCGGUCUAAACGUCGACUUGAUGACGUACUCGAUGCUAUCGCUCGUGAACUACGACCACGAAGCGCUGCUUGACUUGGACACGCUGAAGUACACAGCCCAGCAAACGUUCACCGCUCUGUUUCAACACUUCGCUAGCAAUAAUGUCUCAACUGCCACUGGUGGUUAUGUAUUCCAACCGCCCGGAGAAAGGCUUCCUGAUGAUCUCGAUGGACCGACGACUAAGAGCCCAAGAGCCGAUGAGGUGCCUGUUAGUGAAACAGUCACGAUGCAUAUCUCUCGUUCAGUUGAGCUCUUGAAGAUCUCUAAACCUGCAGCAUGGAUCUGCCUAUUGAUAUUGGCUUAUCUGAUUGUCGUAGGGGUCACAUUAACAAUCGCGUCCCAAAAAUAUCGCACUGUGCUCCUCAGACGGAUCAAUAGCAUCGCUGACGUAGCCGUGCUUAUGGCAGGAAGCCAUCGGCUUCUAGAAUUAGCCCGAGAGAAGACUAUCGACAGGUUCAAGCUCGACUCGGGGACGAAGGUGCGGCUAGGUUGGUUUAACGACAAGAAUGGGGCAAUGAGAUGGGGUAUCGAGGUUGUUGGGGAAGAACAGAGCGAGGUGACUAAUGCUCUACUGAAUAAUAACGGAACCUCACAUUUGCAGAAUGACAAUCCACCUUAUGCCACGGUUAGCUCGAGCGGAUAUUUCACAUCGAGAUCUCAGACGGCGGUCAACGAAUCGUCAGCAACUCCUUUCGGAUCUCAAAGCGGAGUCUCGUUGCUCCGUGAGCCAGGUGAGGCUCAGAUCGCCCACCGGGAAAAUGUUCCAGCUAGAAAGCAGAAUGCAGAGGCUUUCCCUAUCUACGGCUUCGAAUCGCAGUCUUUGAUUCCCAAUGUGAACCGUCAGGCGAGAUCUCAUCCCUUGUCUAGCACUAGGACACCCAGUAUUGUUCAUUCGAUUGAUCUCGGCAUGGGCGAGAGGCCGUUCAUGGACUACCAUGUAGAAGAUACAUCUCUCCGAAAUAUGAAUUCUGAACAGGACUCGCUAAUACGGCGGUAAACCACUAACGGAAAUCACAAGCCCGUGCUAGGAUCGGCUGAUCGUUUAGUAAACGAUAUGGACAUACGAAUGAACUAGUGGCUGCGUGUGUCCAUUCUGCGCACGCUGUCUGGAAUCACCCUAGAUCAGGAUCAUGGUCAGGGUCACGAGAUGGUACCAGCAAUAUGCGUUGCUGCGCCUGCAGCUCAGGAUAGCAUACCGGCUUGCGAGCAACGCUAGCUCCAUAGCCAUGGACUCUCCCCCAUGGCUCUCAUACCCGCCUGUACGUAUACGAUGGCUGCUUUCUGAGUUUUGGCUGACUCUAUCUGUCCACUUAGUUCAUCUAAGACUAUGGUGACUUGUUCGUGAUCAGAAAAAAAGCAGACUGGGUAUAGCGGCGGCGAAUUGGCCUAUUGUCACUACUUUAUAUAGCUCAAUAAUCGAUCACAACUGUUCUUGUAGAUCUUGAAUCCCACUCUCGUCAACCCUCAGCACAACCCAAUCUCCCAUGACUCUCGCGCCAAUCUUUUGAUAGAAGCGCAAUGCGCGCUCGUUGCUUUUGAGACACACCCACUCCAUUUUCACACAGCCCAUCUUCGCCGCUUCUCUAGCCAUGACUUUGAUCAACAGUUGAGCAUAGCCCUUGGAUCGGUAUUGCGGCUCCACAUAGAGCUCUUCCAGGCAGACUCCUGGAGCUGCCCUCCAAG